UGAGAAACACUGUUCUACAUCUAUGAUCUAGUCUAAAUCUAGAUCUAGGUAGAGACUAGAGACACUAGAGUAGAUCUAAUACUAAAAUUAAAAUAGAUCUAGUCUAGUAGGUUACUAGUAAUACUAUAGUGUCUAGAAUCACAGAUCAUCAAUAUCAUCUUACUUUACAUAGUAAUACUAGAAAAAUAGACGAUUCUCUAUCUACUAGACUACAUAGAAAAAGAAAAUGUCAAGCUGGAAGAAAAAUAAAACUCAGAAAGUUCACAGAGAACGGCCACAGCCAGAAGAUAGGGCACAUUUGGGUAUGUUGGAGAGAAAAAAAGAUUACAGAGAAAGAGCAAAAGACUUCCAUAAAAAAGAAGAGACAAUCAAGAAAUUAAAGAGGAAAGCUGAGAACAGAAACCCUGAUGAGUUUUACUUUAACAUGACACGUACUAAAAGAUUGAAUGGUGAUCAUAAAUUGCGUAAAGAAGCUGAGCCUGUUGUAACUGAAGAGCAAAAGAAAAUGAUGGCAACCCAAGACAGGCGAUAUGUAUUAUUUAGACUAUCUAAGGAACUAAAGAAAAUUGAAAAGUUGAAAAAGACUUUACACAUGAUAGACAGUGAUCAGAAGAAAAAUUCUCAUGUAAUUUUUGUGGAUUCAAAAGAAGAAGCUAAACAUUUUGAUGCUGCCAAAUUCUUUGACACACAUCCUGCAUUUAUAGACAGAGCAUUUAACCGACCAAAAAUGGAAACUCUAAAGACUGGUCAAUUUGUAACAGAGGCAGAACAAUUGCAGGCUGUGAUGGAGGCUAAAGAUGCUGCUUACAAAGAGAUGACAAGAAGAAUGGACAGAGCCAAAGAACUGAAAAUUAUUGCUGACAAAUUGGAAGCAAAACUUCAUACUCUUGAUAAAUCUGCCAAGAAAAAGUGUAUACAGCAAGAGACCAAAAAGUCUGCAGCUCAAUAUGUCUUUUCUUUUAAGAGGCAGAAAUAAAUUUGACUUAUAAUUAGCA